CCAGCCAGGAGGGAGCGCCAGCAGAUGGAUGCAUUCUCGCAUUCACUUGAUCGAAAACAGCCAAAGCGAACGGUACUUGUAACGGAACACACAAGGAUCGGUAGAGCAAAAAUAAACAUAGAAAACAAGGAGAUUUCGAAAGGAGUACGUAGGAUCGAAAAGAAAUAUUGGAACGAAAUUUUUUUAAAAAGUGAAACAUGAUAAAAAGUGAAGAAGUUUCUGAUCUGAAUGGCCGCUCGGCCAUGAGUGUGGACCAGCUGGGGGGUUCCUACUACCAUCCGCAUCCAUUCACCCACCCACAUCCGCAUCAUUCGCAUCCUGCCAGCCAUUCCGUGCAUCUGUAUCGCACGAGCAAUCUGCUCCCUCCUGGCGGUGGCUAUCAGACUGGAAUGGGCGGGGGUGGUGAGUCGCCCACUGAUAUGAUCGAUGAGAAGCCCAAUAUCGAGUACAUGGAUCGCAAGUGCUAUAUGGAUGCCAGUGGCAUGGCCACGCCCACCUCACAGCACUACAGCCUGAAUGCUCUGCAUAGCAUGGGAACGCCGCCGGCUUCGUCGAGUCCCAUUCCACCAUACGGCGCGCUGAUGACGGCCCAAUCCCAUUCGGCGGGCUCCAUGUCGCCGAAUUCCAGCUCGAAGACGCCCACGGAUCAGGACAUGCAGUACGUGAGCUCCUCGUCGGUGAAGGCACCACCGCUGCAAAUGCAACUGCAGCCGAUGAACCACCAGUACACAUCGACCAUUAAGUACUGCUCGAACAAUACAAUCCUCAGUGCUAAUGAUUACCAGCUGCUGACCAGCCACGAGGUGGAUCCACAGCCACAGUUGCAGCAUCACCAUCCGCAGCAGCAUCAGCAGCACCAUGAGCAUCAUGAGCAUCAGGAGCAUCAUGAGCAUCAUGAGCAUCAUGAGCAUCAUGAGCAUCAUGAGCAUCACGAGCAUCAUGAGCAUCACGAGCAGCACUCACCCCCAGGUAGUGCCUAUAUGCCAAUCUCUGCCUCGCCCACGCAGGUCAUCACCAAUGCCCAUGGAAUGUCCGUUCCGAAUUACUCCAGCGCCAGCUCCUCGCCUGCCAAGUCCCUCAAUGGCUCUGAUUCCUUGCCACCAGCACCAGCCUCCAGUCAGAGCUCCCAGGGCAAGUCGGGUGGUUUGAAGGCCCAAGAUAUUACCAGUCCAGAUACAACUAAAAAGUCCGGAACUCGGCGUCCGGAAAAACCCGCUAUGAGUUACAUCAAUAUGAUUGGACACGCCAUCAAGGAGUCGCCCUCGGGAAAGCUCACACUCUCGGAGAUUUAUGGGUAUUUGCAGAAGAGCUACGAGUUCUUCAACGGGCCAUAUGUCGGAUGGAAGAACUCGGUGCGUCAUAAUCUCAGCCUGAACGAGUGCUUCAAGAAGCUGCCCAAGGGCAUGGGUGUUGGAAAGCCAGGCAAAGGCAACUACUGGACAAUCGACGAAAACUCGGCGCACUUGUUCGAGGAUGAGGGAAGCCUGAGGCGUCGUCCGCGUGGAUAUCGCUCUAAGAUCAAGGUCAAGUCGCAUGCAGGUCUUGCGAAUGGCUUUUACGCUGGCAGUUAUGGAGAUGCGGGAAUGGACAAUGCCAACUUCUAUGCCUCUCCUGCUUAUGCCAGCUAUGAUUACAGUCCUGGACCGAAUGGCGUCUCCCCGGCUGGCGCUCAGGGUUUCGGGGAUGCCUGGAAUGUUCAUGCCGCUCACAGUAGAUCCCCGGGUGUGGGCAUUGGCGGUCUGCCCCAGUACUCAAACAUCUCUUGCUUGACAGGAGGCAAUAAUUUGAAUGGAUCUUCCACCCCGCCGAUGGCCCACCCUGCCCUGGGUAUGGGCUCCGGCCCAGGCUCCUCUCCAGCUGGAUCUGUGGUGCCGGCGCUUCAAAGUGAUUAUGCGCCAGCCGCCAGUCUCGUGGCUGCGGGCUAUUCCUAUGCAACAAGUGUCAAUCGCUUGGAUAACGAUUUCCGCUCCUUAUCGCUGCAGCAGCUUCCCGGCCUGUCCACCAUCCAGCACGCUCAGGCCCAAGCCCAUGCGCAGGCCCAUGCGCAGGCACAGGCACAGGCGCAGGCACAGGCGCAGGCACAGGCGCAGGCACAGGCGCAGGCACAGGCGCAGGCGCAGCACCACCAUCAGAACCAUCAUGAUCAUGGAUCCAUGAUCGAUCGAUAGAUCGCAAACCGGUUUACCUGCCGCCCAUAGCUCCGCCCCCCACAUCGGUGGCGGUCAAUGGCGGGGGCUACUACGAUGCUCUCAAGUACCCCAAUUAGCCACAGCCACGAGCCAAUGGGGAGUUGUCAUCAUUAUUACCUCAAAGGAUAAGCAAUUUAAUGAGCUGUUUAAGUAGGGCCAGACAAAAGAUAGUUGCAUAGUGCGUACUUUUUUUAUUCUUUUAUUUUUUUUUCUAUUAUAAAACAAUUAUGAAAUUAUGAAUAAAUAUUAAAUUAUAUGAUAAAUGUAGCAAUAAAAAGAAAACCAAUUAAAAAGAAGACAUGUAUAGUACAGAGA